ACCUCCUACCAGAGGUCUGAAGCUUUUAGCAUUUGGAUGCCCUUGUUGACCACCAAAUCAAUGAAGUUCGGAUCAUCAUAGAAUUGUAGGUCUUUAUGGUUCCAAUUGUAAAAAUUUUCUUCUUUUCUGCAUGAUGCUGCUAUAAUUUGGAUGUUUCUUUGAAUUCACUUUAAAGCAGCAAGUGUCAUUCCUAUUAUUACUUGAGCAGCCUUGUCCUAGUUGAACGGAAUGUUUAUCACUGAAUUGAGAUUUAACGGGCGGAGGUGCAUGAAUGGGCCGAGUCAAGAUUUCGUGAAGUUAAGAUGGACUUUCUUGGGCUUUGAUCAAUCAUUGCUAAAAGGUUAGAACUAAUUAAUUAGGUAGUUAACCAUUCACUCUUAUAAACCUUUGAAUUCUUUAUAAUCUUUAGACUUUAUCACAAUGUUCUAACAGUAUUCUUGAUGUUAAUCAGAUUUAUAAGUAUUCUUGAUGUUAAUCAGACAUGUAAGUGUAUGUCAUAACAGUUUCUUAGACAUUUAUUGUGAACAUUUUUAGUGUUCUUGUAUGGACUUUAUAAUGGUGACAAUACACCACUAGAGCCAAUAUCUGAGAUAAGAAGGGUUUGGUUGAUUAGGCCAGCCAAUUUUUCAACGCCUUAAGACUAAUUUGUGGACUUAUUAUAAGAAUCUACAAUAUGUAUCUGAAAAGAUUAAAGUAAUUCUAAAAUAGGAAUUAUCUGUUGUGGACUUGUGGAUCAUAUCCAUAUCCAGCAUCUAUUUAAGUCUGUCAACGAUUCCAUCUUAGCUUGUUUCUCUCCUCAACUCUCUUUCAUAAAAGAAGUUGCUAGCUAAAUUUAGCAGCAGCAACCAAAAAAAGAAGUGUCUUCCCAAUUUAGCCAGCAGCAACACAACCAUCAUCAUCAUUAUCAACAAGAAGAAGAUGGGUUCAGAGACUUUCCUAGAGGUGAUAUUGGCCGUUAUCCUACCUCCUGUUGGGGUCUUCCUGCGUUAUGGCUGUGGAGUGGAGUUCUGGAUUGAUUUGUUGCUGACCGUAUUGGGAUAUAUUCCAGGGAUUGUAUAUGCCAUUUAUGUAUUGGUCGGAUAGUUAAGGUUUUAUUAUUUUUUUUCUUUUUUUUUUUCUAUUAGUUGGGGAACAUGUGUGUGCUGUUUCAGAUCAAUGUCUGUUCAAUAUGGUUUAUAAUUAAUCAAGAUUUUGCUUUUUCUUAAUUUCAUUGUCUCAAGACUUUUCUCUUGUUUCAAACCUUGUUUUCUAUAUGAAUUGUGAUCAUUAAAUGGUAAUUUACCUCUUGAAUUUCACUCUACUAAUUACUAUAACUGAUCACAAUUAAAGAUUUGAAUUUAAUACUUGCAUCUCCAUGAUAUAUACCAUCUUUUCUUUCAUUUCCUGCAAGUAGCAGGACCUUGAAGCGCUUGUAAAGAUGCAUUCUCAUUCUGCUGAAGACAACAGAAUUUACAAGUUAUCUAAUUUAGAAGGAAAGCUUAAAUGACCUAUAAAUUCGUUUA